AAGUCCCCCCCCAAAACCACUCCUAUUUAUCGUCCAAUUCCCCCUCCCUUCCACAUCAUUGCAUUCCCCCAUCUCUUCUCUAUCUUCAAAAUUCAAAUCUGUUUUUGAGUCAAUCAUGGCCUCCAAGCCCCAGGCCGCGUCCUCCUCCUUCGAAGACUUCUUGCCCAUCCUGGCCGAGAAGCUAGGAGGGGACGGCCUCAUCGGCGAGCUCUGCAACGGCUUCCGCCUGCUCAUGGACGCCGACAAAGGCCUCAUCACCCUCGACAGCCUCAGGCGAAACGCCGCCCUCUUGGGCCUGCACGACUUGACGGACGACGAUCUCCACACCAUGAUGAGAGAAGGCGACUUCGACGGCGACGGCGCCCUCAACCAGAUGGAGUUUUGCGUUCUGAUGUUCAGAUUGAGCCCCGAGCUGAUGGAGCAGUCCUCCUCCUUGCUCCAGGAAGCUCUCCUCCACGAACUCCAUGAUUUCCGUUGAUUUGUACCUAUUUUUUGGGUCAAUUUCUUUUCUUUUUUUUUUUGCAUUGAUAUACAAAUUACUUGUGUUGGAGAGUAUACGGGAAUGAGACGAUGAACAAUUGUACCUGUUCAA